AUAAUUAAUAGUCGGUAUUUAUAAUAAAUGCAUAGCUGUUCCAGAAGUUGCAUACUAUUUGAAACUUGCAUAUUUAAUUUUGCAAUAAAUUCACGGCUGUAUUACGGGUUGCAUACUUUAAGGGGGGAGGGAGUUUAAAUAUUAAUAUGAAAUAAAUAAAUAUAUAAUUAUACUAAUACAAUAAAUAAUAGUUAAUACAAUGCGAAUUAUUUUUUAUAAUUUUUUUCUUUAUGCCAUUAAGAUUCGUCAGAUGACACAAUCUUCUAAGGCAAGGGUCGAUGUACAUCGAAAAGAUAAUGUUUUAUGCUUUAUUUUGUUAAUUCUAACUAAAGAAAAUGAACUAUUGGUACUUGGAAGAGGAUUUCUUAGUUUUUAUUUGCCAUAUUUUAUAUACAUGYGUAAAGACACUCGACAUAAUUGGCAAAAAUCACCUCGUCCUGGUACCUAAACUGAUUGAAAAAGUUAUCGUCCACAAAGGGUUAAAUUUACUUCAAUGUUGAAACAAAUUGUUAAUGUUCUAAUAUAAAAAAUAUCAGGUUUAAAACGUAUCACUUAUUUAUUUUUUUUAAUUUAAAUAGGGCUGUAACACAGUUAAAUGGAUACGAGAGCGAAAGGAACUUAUUAAAGGUAGAAAUGCCUUCGGCAGAAACCAGACGAAGAAUACGAAAUCAGCACACCAGAGUAGCGUUUUCUGGAGCGCCGGUAUCUGGAAGACAAACAGAUUUCCCGCUACGGAUAUUAGUGCAGUCCGAUAUGGUCGGAGCAAUCGGACGACAGGGGUCCACGAUUCGUCACAUCACGCAAUCGUCUAGAGCAAGCGUCGAUGUUCACCGGAAAGAUAACGUUGGAUGCGUUGAAAAAGCCAUUACAAUUUAUGCUAAACCAAAGAAUUGCACAAACGCGUGCAAAAAGAUUCUUGAGGUCAGGCAACAAGAAACAAGAAACAAAGGAGAUAUUACGUUAAAAUUUCUAGCACACAAUAAUUUAAUCGGACGUAUUAUUGGCAAGGGUGGUAAUACGAUUAAAAGAAUUCUGCAAGAUACUAAAUCUAAGAUCACUGUUAGCAAUAUCAAGGAUAUUAAUAGCUUCAAUUUAAAAUGGAUAAUCACAGUAAAGGGAACAAUUAAUAAUAUGAGCAAAGCAGAGUCAAUGAUCUCUAGCAAAUUGCGCCAAAGUUACGAAAAUGAUUUAGAAGCUAUGGCGGUAAGUUAUUUUACUUAUCCUCAAACGAUGAUGUUUCCGGAUGGACCAACACUAUACACAUAUACAAGCAACCUACUGUCCUCAGCCGUACCUUCUGGGGAUUCCCAGUAGACAACGUUCCUUUACAUACCUAAUAGCACUAAGGGAUCACAUAUUAGGAAUACCUUCAGGUUUUCCGGAGCAAGCGUUAAAAUUGCUUCACUGGAACAAGACAAACGCCAACGCAGCAGCAAUUAACAUGUUCCCAGGACAAGACCAGGACAUCAUAAUUGAGGCAAUGGAAGGUGGAACUAUCCAAGAUUACGCAACUACCGUUGGAAACAUCCUUGGGCCCCAAACAAUUCGCUUUGUCUCCCGAAUAUCUAACAGCAGAAUAUGCAUGUACCUCUACAGCAUAAACACAGCCACCAACUUUACAAAUAAUCAAACAUCAACUCCUUCCCAAGUACAAACUAACAUGUCAGCACCAUCAUCAAGUCAACAACAGCCUUCAUCACCUUAACAACUAUCGCCAAAUCAGUAACCUCGAUGUUAUGGAGGAUUUAAAAAGAAUAAAAUAGAAUUAAUAAAAAAUUAACUGCAACCGACAACAAGAACAACAAUUUACAACAAACAAUAAUCGAAUGCUGGCUUUAGCAGUCGCUGUAAAACACAUAUAUAACAAACAAAAAAGAUACCAACGAAUAAACAUUGAAUUUUCCUCGACAGGGGUAGAGUGGGUCUCUUAUUGAGAGAUGCAACUGUUUACAAAUGAACAAAAAAACACAAAGACCUUACUCUCGCUAAGAGAUUGCACUUAUCCCCUCUUUUUCGAGCAUUACAAUAUUAAUUUACAAUUAUACAUUAUAAACAACAGGAAUAGUUUAAGAUUUAACAAACGAUGAUUACUUAUAUAUAUAUAUAUAUGUGGCGGUGCGCGCUCAGCAACGCCGCGGUCGUCCGAGACGGGCACCGCGCCGGGGGCCCGAUCCCCCCGGGCCGAAUUUAACCGAACGACGUUCAGUACGAAUCCGACUGAGAAAGCGACGAGACUAAAGAAAUUAACUUACUGUAGAGAGAUACAAUAAAGACUGAUAUUUGACCUGGCAUACCUAACGGCUUACUCUUGAUAAUCGACACUGACCUUCGCUCUAUUGGAGACCUCACCUUCUCCAAAUAUAUAUAUAAAGAGAGAAAAUAUUAAUUAGGCGAAAAUAGUGAUUAUGAUGAUGAUAAUACGAUUUUAAGGUUAUAUAAGACUACAUGAGUUCUCGCGCGAUGCACAGAGAUAUUUAAAGAUUUUUAAUAUUGAUUAAAGAAAAAGUGUAAUGGAAAAGAGUAGUUUUAAAGAAUAAUAAAUAAAUUAAUGAUGAAUCA